UUCCCCUCCUCUCUCUUCCCUCUCCUCCCUUUCCCUUUCCUCCCCCUUCCUUCUCUCACCCCUCCCCCCUCUCCUCCUUCUCCUCCCUCCUCCCCCCUCUCCUCCUUCUCCCCCUUCCCACCUCCCCAGGCUCUGCUGCAGGCGGUCAACAAUGCCAGUGGCAGGGAGGACAUCAUUGAGCCUGCGGUGUGUGCACUGAGACACAUCACCAGCCGUCACCCGAGUGCCGACAUGGCCCAGAACACUGUGCGACAGGUUGGGGGAAUCCCCGUCAUUUCGGCCUUCCUUCACCAGCAGUGCCGCUGGCCUCUCCUCAAGGGCCUGGUAGGUCUGAUCCGCAACCUGGCCCUCUGUCCAGAGAACCACUUCCACCUGAGACAGCAGGCCGUCAUCCCCAAGCUCUGGAACAUUCUGACACGGGCCUACACCAACUCCAGCAAACGCGGGGUCCCCGGAGGUCCACAGGGACUCAUUGUGAGUUGAUACACAUACAAACACAGGUUGAACUCGGGAAUUUAUCUGUCGGGGGAUCGAUGGAAGGAGACUUUGUAUAUGGAAAAUAGUUUGGGGAAGAGGAGGCUAAACAUAGCCUCGUUGCAGGCUCACAGAUGAAGUAGAGAUGAAUUUUCAAAGACCAUAUGUAUUGUGUGCAGAAGUGUUGGUUAGUUUGGGAACGAGGUUAGGCAAGGGUACUUUAUAGCCUUUAUUAAUGUAUGGUUAAUGCGUAUGUAGGUAUGCCUGUGCAAUUUAGAUUCUGACCCUGCAAUUAUCACUAGACCCCUCGCGUUUGUGUUUCAAGGAAGGAAACCUGGAGAACUGUUUAAAAGCACACUUGCAAUGUCACAGAGCAAGCACAGCUCAGUCGAUGGGAUGAAGUUUCAUUUGUGUACUGGAGUCUAAUUCUACACAAACACACAUUGGGAUUUGCAGCCACGUUUUUUCAUCACUUCUUACAUAUUAUAUAUAAUAUGCGUACAAUGGUGUUAUAAAGUGUGUGCGGUGUUGAUAUGACGGUGUAGGAUGGUGUGUACAUGGAC